AUGAGGCCAUCACUUGCGGCCGUUGCCGCCGUUGUCCUCGCCCCGGCCGGCCUAGCUCAGGUCGUCUCAUAUAGCGACUCCUCCGGCCUCACCUUCUUCACCGGCACCCGUACCAUCCCCCCAUCCACGUCCACAGGGCCCCCAAGUGGCAUCUACUCGAGCUACGGCACACAAAUCACCCUCACCGGCAGCAACGAUACCACCACCGCGACCAGCACGACAACGACAACGCCCACGAGCACCAGCAACGGCACCACCUCCGCGACGCCCACAAACACCCAGCCCUGCAACAACUACGUCGAGUUCUGCACCCGCCGCUACAGCAAUAUCAGCUUCGUUGCGGCCCACAACUCGCCAUUUGUCCGCCCCGGCAACUCGGCCUCCAACCAGGCGCUGCCCGUCAAGGUGCAGCUGAACGACGGCAUCCGGCUCGUACAGGGCCAGAUGCAGUGGCCGACCAACGGCACCGAGCCGCACUUUUGCCAUACCUCGUGCGACAUCCUUGACGCCGGCCCCAUCUACGACUGGCUGACCGAGGUACGCGAAUGGGUCGACGACCACCCGUAUGACGUCGUCACGAUCCUCCUCGGCAACGGCAACUACUCGGACGCAUCGCUCUACAAGCCCUUCAUCGAGAAGAGUGGCAUCCAAAAGUACGCGUACACGCCGCCGCUGCUGCCCAUGCGCCUCGGCGACUGGCCCACGCUCGAGGAGCUCAUCCUCCGCGGCAAGCGCGUCAUCAUGUUCCUCGACUACAAUGCCAACCACACCGCCGUCCCCUGGCUGCUCGACGAGUUCUCGCAGGUCUGGGAGACGCCCUUUGACCCGACCGACACCGCGUUCCCGUGCACCGUCCAGCGCCCGCCCGACCUCAAACCGGAAGACGCCCGCGACCGCAUGUAUCUCAUGAACCACAACCUCAACGCCGAGUUCAACGUCUUUGACAUUCAGCUCCUCGUGCCCGCCGUCUCCCUCCUCAACCAGACCAACGCCGCCGAGGGCCCGGGCAGCCUCGGCAUGGCCGCCAACAACUGCCGCUCCGACUGGGGUCGCGCCCCCAACUUCCUCAACGUCGACUACUACAACUACGGUUCCGACAAAAUCAACGGCUCCGUAUUCCUCGCCGCCGCACGCCUCAACAACGUCACCUACAACCGCACCUGCUGCGGCCAGGUCUCGGCCGGGCAGAUGCUCAGUUGUACCCACUGGGUCGGCGCCGCAGCGCUCAUGUUAGCUGCAUUUCUGGUUCUGUAG